AUGAAUUUAUUUUAUUUUUAUUUCAUAUUUGCUUCUUUCGGGGGUCGCGGGGGCCGUCCGCGCCUCCCGCUUCCCGCUGCAGCCCCCCUGGCCUUCAGCUUGCUGUUUUUCGCCUCUCUUUUGGCCGCGUUUGCUGCAGAUGCAGCAGCAGCAGCAGCACCAGCAGCAGCAGCAGCACCAGCAGCAGCAGCAGCAGAGGAAGGGGCGGAAGAGGAGCAUGCAGAGGCCGGGGAAGGCCUUUUUGAAUACCGGAAAGUUGGGACGGAGUUGGUGGACUUGUGGCGUACGUACACCUCAAUGGGCGAGGCCCUGAACCACUUGCUGCGGGACUACAACGUGGCUUUGCUGCAGCAGCAAAAGGUGGAGGUUGCUGCAGUGUUGGCAGCAAAGCACAAGGCAGCAGCAGCAGCAGCAGCGAAGGCUGCUGCUGCUGCUGCUGCUGCGCCUGCUGCUGCUGCUGCUGCUUCCGGGCCGCUCCGGCGGCGCGCAGCACUUCAAAAGGAGCAGCGGCGCAAACGCGCGCUGCUGCUGCUGCUGCAUGCAGAGGCCAUGCAGCUGAAAGAACUGCAGCAGCAAAUCAAAAAAAUAGACGAAAGAGUUGGAAAACUCCCCCCCUACAGUGCUGCUGCUGCUAACAUUGCUUUGAUUCGCUCGGGUGCUGCUGCUGCAGUCAACGUGGCGCAGGCGCUGCACAGUUCUGCUGCUGCGCUGUUUCACCGCGCGCUGCAGCAGUACGUGGCGCUGCUGCAGCAGUUCAGCAGCAAACAAAACGAAUUGUUUAUUUUAAUUCAAAAAAUAAAACAAAAUGCUUUUGAUCAAAGAGAAAGACUUUCGCUCAUUCAAAACGAGGCUCUCUUCGACAGAGCCUUCGACACGGACCCCCCCCUGGCCUUCAACUUCGCCGGAAAGCUGCAAUGA